UCAGUGUGUGCAGCAACCGGGAACCAUCACAUGGUAGUCGAAGUUGACGCGAAAUAGUUUUUUUUUUGAAAAUCCGCCCAGUAAAACAUGAAGGCCUUAACGAGGAUAGCGGUCUUGGUUAUUCUAAGCGUCAGUUGUACCUGUGGACAAGAUGAGGACCUAUUGGGACUUCCUAUCUUUGACAUCUUUGGGAUGGAAGAAGACGACUUGUUUUAUAAGUUCCAGGAAAGAGAACAAACCAAUUCGUACCUAGUUUCGGAAGAACUGCUUAGAAAAUUAUGCGACGAAUACGACUUGCAAUUAGACGACAAGAAAAUAGACUGCCUGAACGUAAAGAUCGUUCCUAAGGCGCUGCAAACCAACGAACACGUCCUCCAUAAGCGACAAGCAGAAGAACCCCCUCUAGAAGGAUCAGGAGAGCCCGAAGAAAUUGCCCCCGCCAACGAAGAAGUCUUAGAGGCGGAAGCACCAAAUCCAGAAUCUCCACUAGAAGAACCAGCCCCAGAGGAACCUGUUGUGGAAGAGUCGGCUCCAGAGUUACUAGCUGCCCAAAUACGAGCUCCUGAAGAACCAGCUCCAGAAGCACCAGCGCCUGAAGAACCAGCCCCAGAGGAACCAGCCCCAGAGGAACCUGCUCCAGAGGAACCUGCUCCAAAGGAACCUGCUCCAGAGGAACCAGCUCCAGAGGUACCCCCUCCAGAAGCAGCAGCGCCUGAAGAGCCAGCAGCAGAAGAACCUGCUCUGGAAGAAUCAGCUCCAGAGGUUCUAGCUGCUGAAGUACCAGCUCCAGAAGUACCGGCUCCUGAAGAACCAGCUCCAGAAGUACCAGCACCUGAAGAACCAGCUGCAGAAGUACCGGCACCCGAAGAACCAGCACCAGAAGUACCGGCUCCAGAAGAACCAGCUGCAGAAGUACCGGCACCUGAAGAACCAGCUCCUGAAGAACCAGCUCCAGAAGUACCGGCUCCAGAAGAACCAGCACCUGAAGAACCAGCUCCUGAAGAACCAGCUCCAGAAGUACCGGCUCCACAGAAGAACCAGCUCCUGAAGAACCAGCUCCUGAAGAACCAGCUCCAGAAGAACCGGCUCCAGAAGAAACCAGCUCCUGAAGAACCAGCUCCUGAAGAACCAGCUCCUGAAGAACCAGCUCCUGAAGAACCAGCUCCUGAAGAACCAGCUCCAGAAGUACCAGCUGCAGAAGUACCAGCUGCAGAAGUGCCAGUUCCCGGAGAACCAGCUCCCGAGGCGCCCAACGGCGAAGAGCUUAAAACCGAACAACCGGUCCUGUACGGAGAAGACAAAACAGACGGAGGCGAUCAAUCGCCCGCCAACGAAGAAAACAAAGCAGAGGAAACCAACGAGCCAUCGGAGACCGCCAAGGAAACUCCAGUUGAAGAAGUCGUAGCGCCCGUCGUCAAAAAGGGGAGGGUUCUGAAACCCGGCGAAGCUGAGGAAACAAAAGAGACCGAGGCAAAUAAAGACGCAAGCGGCACCGAACAACUGCACGAGCAACAGAGCGGCAACGCCGUCGUCGACACACCAGGAGGCGGAAACCUGGCGGAAAGCGACGCCGCAGUAGCCAAAAUGUCCCCCAAGGAAAAUCUAAAAGAAACUGCCAGCGCAGAUCUGCCCAAAUCUGGAGAAUCCAGCGAGACACAGCAGGGAAGAAAGGACUCCAAGAUCCUGAUCAUCCUCCUGGUGGCGGUGGUGGUGAUAGGUUGUGCGGCGUUCGCCUACAACUUCAUCAAGAAGAGGAAACAGAAGAAAUCAGAAACAUCCAGAACGGAAAACGGCAACGCCACCGUGCAGAAGACCGAAGACGCCGAACAAGGCACGGAACUCAAGCCGUUGAUGAAGAACAACGAAGAGAAACCGGUGGUGGAGUACAAAGACGAGAAGGAUAACGCACAACCCAUAGCCGUCAAAUAGAUAAGGGGUGUUGCGAAAGCUCCACGGAGCUGGUAAAAACUUUUUUUACAACAGGUUUACCAUAAAUGUAUUUUAAGCUAUGUCGCUAAGUGCCCGAUAGUUUUAGCUUAAACUUUCGUUUUUUAUUUAUUUAUUUUAUCUGGAAAUUCCGCGGAUUCUUUUUUAUCGUUUAAAAUUUGGAUUCAAAUUGUGUACCUGAAAACCUCAACCA